GAAAGGCCGAGCUACGCCGAGUGAUGACGUCGCCUCAUUGGGCGGAAGGUGCGCUGGCAGUGUUCGGUCCUCCAGCUGUUGGGAGUUCACGUCGCAGCCCUGGGUGCUGGGGCUGUAGUUGAUAUUGUUCGAGAAGUUGGUCUGUGAGGUCGUGCCUGCCUGUCUGCUCCGAGCUUUUCCGGCUUUCCUCCCACGGCGUGGGGCCCCGCGGACUCCCCGGCCCUUCAGGGCCACGGCCUUCGCAGUGCCUUUUGCGAGUUCCUCAUAAGCACAUCUUAAAACCUUCAAGAUGGUUCUAGCAGAUCUUGGAAGAAAAAUAACAUCAGCGUUACGCUCACUGAGCAAUGCCACCAUUAUCAAUGAAGAGGUAUUAAAUGCUAUGCUAAAAGAAGUAUGUACAGCAUUAUUGGAAGCGGAUGUUAAUAUUAAACUAGUGAAGCAACUAAGAGAAAAUGUUAAGUCUGCUAUAGAUCUUGAAGAGAUGGCAUCUGGUCUUAACAAGAGAAAAAUGAUUCAGCAUGCUGUAUUUAAAGAACUUGUGAAGCUUGUAGAUCCUGGAGUUAAAGCCUGGACACCCACAAAAGGAAAACAGAAUGUGAUCAUGUUUGUGGGGCUGCAGGGGAGUGGGAAAACGACAACGUGUUCAAAGUUAGCAUAUUAUUACCAGAGGAAAGGUUGGAAGACCUGUUUGAUAUGUGCAGACACAUUCAGAGCAGGGGCUUUUGACCAGUUGAAACAGAAUGCUACCAAAGCAAGAAUUCCAUUCUAUGGGAGCUAUACAGAAAUGGAUCCUGUUAUCAUUGCUUCUGAAGGAGUAGAGAAAUUCAAAAAUGAAAAUUUUGAAAUUAUUAUUGUUGAUACAAGUGGUCGCCACAAACAGGAAGACUCUUUGUUUGAAGAAAUGCUUCAAGUUGCUAAUGCUAUACAACCUGAUAACAUUGUUUAUGUGAUGGACGCCUCCAUCGGGCAGGCUUGUGAAGCCCAGGCUAAGGCUUUUAAAGAUAAAGUAGAUGUAGCCUCAGUAAUCGUGACAAAACUUGAUGGCCAUGCAAAAGGAGGUGGUGCUCUCAGUGCAGUUGCUGCCACAAAAAGUCCAAUUAUUUUCAUUGGUACAGGAGAACAUAUAGAUGACUUUGAACCUUUCAAAACACAGCCUUUCAUCAGCAAACUUCUUGGUAUGGGUGACAUUGAGGGACUGAUCGAUAAAGUCAAUGAGUUGAAGUUGGAUGACAAUGAAGCUCUUAUAGAGAAGCUGAAGCAUGGUCAGUUUACAUUGAGAGACAUGUAUGAGCAAUUUCAAAAUAUCAUGAAAAUGGGCCCCUUCAGUCAAAUCUUGGGAAUGAUCCCUGGCUUUGGAACAGAUUUUAUGAGCAAAGGAAAUGAACAGGAGUCAAUGGCAAGACUAAAGAAAUUAAUGACCAUAAUGGAUAGUAUGAAUGACCAAGAGCUGGACAGCACAGAUGGUGCCAAGGUUUUCAGUAAGCAGCCGGGAAGAAUUCAGAGAGUAGCCCGAGGGUCAGGUGUGUCAACGAGAGAUGUUCAAGAACUUCUCACGCAGUACACCAAGUUUGCACAGAUGGUAAAAAAGAUGGGAGGCAUCAAAGGGCUUUUCAAAGGUGGCGACAUGUCUAAGAAUGUGAGCCAGUCACAGAUGGCAAAAUUGAAUCAACAGAUGGCCAAAAUGAUGGAUCCAAGAGUUCUUCAUCACAUGGGUGGUAUGGCAGGACUUCAAUCAAUGAUGAGGCAGUUUCAACAGGGUGCUGCUGGCAACAUGAAAGGCAUGAUGGGAUUCAACAACAUGUAAAGACGAUGCCUUAAUAUAAACUGUCUUUGGUGAUUACAUUAUUUGCUGAGACCUCAGAGAGUUUUCUUCCUUUUUGCAAAUGGGGAAAAAAGUAUUUUUCUUGCCUGUCUUGUCCUUUUUUCCCUCCUUUUCUUUUUCUUCCCUCUUUUGAUAAAAGGAAGGAAAAUAUGAGUUUUGUGGAAAUCAUUCUACUUUUGGUUUUAAUUAUCCUCUGUUCUCACCAUUGAAAUACGUCUUGAAUUAAACAAUUCAUGAUGUAAAAUUUUAGUACUUAAAUGUAUUUUUAAUUGUCUUAAAGGCCAAACAUUAUAUUUGUAAAUGGUCCUGGUCAGUAUGUUACGUGAUGUCUCUCUCUUUUGGGGUAGGGCAACUGGGAAUCAAACUCAGUAUCUCACACUUGCCAGGCAGGUGCUGUGCCACUGAGCUAAAUCCCUGGCCCACAUGAUGUCCCUAUAAAAAUGCUG